AUGCAGCUGUUGGCAGCCAUGUUUGAGCUUAGGAUUCUCUUCUUAGUUUUUGUUAGCCUGCCGGUGGUCGUGGUGGUUUCCGCCACAGCCGGAGUUGGUGUUGGAGGUGGUGACGACAGGGUCUGGCAGAAGCGUGCCCACGAAGCCAAGGUGGCCGCUCGCCAUGCCUAUCACCCCGAUCCUCAUAGUAUCGUCAAUCAUUUCAAUGAACGUCUUCAUUCGGACAAGACAAGUGAGAAUGGCACAAGGAGGGAACUAAGGAAGCACACCGGCCCGUGCUUGGCCACGAAUCCAAUUGACCGUUGCUGGAGGUGUGACCAGAACUGGGCCGCCAACCGCAUGAAGCUCGCCGACUGUUCCAUCGGCUUCGGCCGCCACACCACCGGUGGCAAAGGCGGCGAGAUCUACGCCGUCACUGACCCCUCUGACAACGACCUCGUCAACCCUAAACCGGGCACCCUACGCCACGCGGUCAUCCAGCCGGGACCCCUCUGGAUCAUAUUCUCUCGCAGCAUGACGAUCAGGCUGAGCGAGGAGCUGCUGGUGACCAGCGAUACGACCAUUGACGGCCGCGGUGCCACAGUUGCCAUUGUUGGCGGCGCCGGCUUCACCCUGCAGUUUGUGAAGAAUGUGAUCAUCCACAACAUCAAGAUUCACGACAUCAAGUCUGGCAAUGGCGGAAUGAUAAGGGACUCGACCACUCAUUACGGCUUCCGAACAAGAAGCGACGGCGACGGCGUGUCGAUAUUCGGGUCGUCGAAUAUCUGGCUGGAUCACCUCUCCAUGUCCAACUGCGUUGAUGGGUUGAUAGAUGUUGUUCAGGGCUCCACCGCCGUCACUAUCUCCAACUGCCACUUCACUCACCACAAUGAGGUGUUGCUGUUUGGAGCAAGUAACACUUACUCGGAGGAUUCGAUAAUGCAAGUAACGGUCGCAUUCAACCACUUUGGGAAGGGAUUGAUGCAGAGGAUGCCGAGAGUGAGGUGGGGUUUUGUGCACGUCGUGAACAACGACUACACUCAGUGGCUGGAGUACGCCAUCGGCGGCAGCCAACAUCCGACCAUCAUCAGCCAGGGCAACCGCUUUGUUGCUUCCGCCAACCCCUUCACCAAAGAGGUGACUCGAAGGGGCUAUGCACCAGAGAGUGAGUGGAAGACCUGGCUGUGGAAGUCGGAGCAAGAUCUGAUGGUGAACGGAGCCUUCUUCGUUCAGUCUGGAGACCUGCAUCAAAAAAUUCAGGGCUUUCGGAAGAAAGAUUUCCUCUCUCCAAAGCCGGGGAGUUCUGUAAGCAGGCUCACUCGCUUUUCGGGUGCUCUCAAAUGUCUAGUAAACACACCAUGCUGAUAUGAAUAGUUUAUAUGCAAGUGUAAAUGGAUCUACAAACAGAUCCACCUUGUGAAAAUAGUGUACUGAAGUAGGGAGACUUGAGAACAAGAUGUGCCAACUGAGGGAGACAGAUAUGGAGAGAAGUUGGCAAUUUAGAAGAAUAUAUGUACAGUUAGUCUAUUUUCAUUAAUCACUAAAUGUAUUUCUGUCUACUGCAUCUUUUAAAUUUCAGAAAGCUAUU